AUGCUCGCGCAGAGAUCGCGAGCAAGGGCGGUCGAGUGCGCGCCCUUGCACGUCCUGUACGCGCCUUCGGCGCGCGCGACCACCCCACCCUGGGCACCAUAUAUGGGCCGCUGCGCGGCCCGUUUCGCACCGUCCAAGCCCUUGCGCCCGCCCCUAGAGACCAAAGCCAACCCUAGAAUCAGGUUACGAGACCAUUUCUACCGCACGUGA